GAAUACGGGUGGUGUUGUGAUAGCGUACGUUUCUUGUCAGCGGCGCUUGCUUCGCAACUGUUUGUGGUAAUCGCAAAUAUGUCGAUAUUUACGCCAACGAAUCAAAUCCGGCUGACCAACGUAGCGGUGGUGAGGAUGAAGAAAGGCGGGAAGCGAUUUGAAAUCGCCUGUUACAAGAACAAAGUUAUGAGCUGGAGAUCAGGAGCAGAGAAGGACCUGGACGAGGUUUUGCAGACGCACUCUGUUUUCGUCAAUGUUUCCAAAGGCCAGGUGGCGAAGAAGGAUGACUUAACCAAAGCUUUUGGGACUGACGACCUUACAGAAAUCUGUAAACAGAUCUUGGCCAAAGGAGAGCUCCAGGUGUCAGACAAAGAGAGGCAGACUCAGCUGGAGACCAUGUUCCGGGAUAUAGCUACUAUUGUGGCAGAGAAGUGCGUCAACCCUGAAACCAAGAGGCCGUACACAGUCAGUCUGAUUGAGCGGGCCAUGAAGGACAUCCACUACUCUGUCAAGCCCAACAAGAGCACAAAGCAGCAGGCCCUGGAGGUGAUUCGGCAGCUGAAGGAGAGCAUGGAGAUCCAGAGAGCCCACAUGAGGCUGCGGUUGGUGCUGCCAGCCAAAGAGGCCAAGAGGCUGAAGGAGAAGCUGAAACCGCUCCUGCAGGUCGUGGAGAGUGAGGAUUUUGAUGAGGAGCUGGAAAUGGUGUGUCUGGUGGAUCCCGGCUGCUUCAGGGAGAUCGAUGAGCUGAUCCGCUGUGAGACUAAAGGCCGAGGCUCUCUGGAGGUUCUCAGUCUCAAGGAUGUGGAGGAGGGAGAUGAGAAACUAUAGUAACCCUGCCUGUCAGAACUCUGCACCUUAUCCACACUAACACGCUUCAUUAGGGCACACAGAUUGCAAACUCAUGAAAAAAAAUCUAUGUUUAUGGUCUGAUUUAUCACAAUUUCAGCCACUUUCACCCUGUAAGGAUUAAUUUGACUGAAAGAAGUUAUAAUUUGCUGAGUGGAAUAUAUUUUGAAAGCAGGUUUGAGAAUUUAUGCCUGAACUUUAAAGUCGGUGCUUAUUUCUGAUGUUUUUUCUUUUAUUUAUUCACUUUUUUUUAAGUCGAUUACUAAUUUAGCAGAACGUCUACACAAAGUCGUGUGCCAUGUAGUCGCGCUCAGUAUCCCAUCCUAUUAUCUGUGGAUCAUUUCUUUAUCCUGGUAAAUUCUAUUUUAUUAUAAUAAGUUUGGUCUGUAAUAAACACUAUACAAAAUAUUA